GAUCGUGCCGAAGCUAAAAUGUGAUUGUCAUAAGUACAUAAGUCCGUAGUCCAUGUCAGUUAUCACAUAGCCGAGAAACAGCUGGAAAUAGCUUCAUCAUUGCAACAUUACAAUCUUUUUAUCAGAGUAUAAUAAAAGAUUAAAGUCCAAGAGACGUGUUUGUUCUGUAGAUCAGCAAAUUGCCGUCAGUUUUGCAGCGGCUACGUCUGCGUGCAUCGUCACUUUUUUUUUUUAUUUUUUCGUUCCUUCGUAUUUUAACGAUUUCUCCGUGAUCUGAGACGCAGAAGAAAGUGGCAUAACAUUUUUAUCUGCUCUUAUUCGAUAGAAAUUGCCCGUGUAUAUUCCUCAUAUUCCUCGUAUUCGUUUUUCUGAAUCGGAAGAAAUAAUCAAGAUGGUCCACAAAACGAAGGUAUACGUGAUCGGUGUCGGAAUGACCAAAUUCGAGAAACCCGACCAGAGAGAUAAUUUCGAUUAUCCGCAAAUGGCGAAGGAGGCUGUGACCAAAGCUUUACAGGACGCGCAUAUAACUUACAACAGUGUCCGAGCCGUCUGCGUUGGAUAUGUCUACGGCGACUCCACUUGCGGUCAAAGGGCCAUUUACGAGAUUGGGCUCAGCGGAUGUCCCAUUUAUAAUGUCAACAACAAUUGCUCCACCGGUUCCACAGCCCUUUAUCUUGGUAAACAGAUUGUCGAAACUGGUAAUGCCGAUUGUGUCCUGGCACUUGGAUUUGAGAAGAUGGAGCGUGGCUCACUGAUGUCAAAAUAUUCAGAUCGUACAAAUCCCAUGGAUAAACACAUUGAGCUAAUGGCAGAUAUUGCAGGUAUUUCUGAAGGUCCCCUUACUGCUCAACUAUUUGGUAAUGCUGGAAUUGAACAUAUGAAAAAAUAUGGCACAAAGCUCGAACACUUUGCAAAGAUUGCAUAUAAAAACCACCUGCAUUCUACAAACAAUCCCUAUUCACAAUUUCAAGAAAAAUAUACUUUAGAGCAGAUAAUGAAUUCUCCAAAAAUAUUUGGACCAUUGACAAAACUCCAGUGUUGUCCAACCUCUGAUGGUGCAGCGGCUGCUAUUCUGGCUAACGAGGAGUUUGUUCGAAAGCAUCGUUUAGAGUCGCAAGCUGUUGAAAUUGUGGCUAUGGAAAUGUCUACUGAUCAGCCUUCAACAUUUACCACUCGAUCAUGCAUGAAUAUUGUCGGAUACGACAUGACAAGAAACGCAGCCGAGAAGGUCUUUACAUCAACUAAUUACAAACCGAGCGACGUGGAUGUAGUAGAACUACAUGAUUGCUUUUCUGUAAACGAAUUAAUUACUUAUGAAGCUUUGGGAUUGUGUCCUGUCGGGUACGGCGGCAAGAUGGUAGACUCUGGAAACAACACUUACGGUGGCAAGUACGUCGUGAACCCUAGCGGUGGUUUAAUCUCGAAGGGGCAUCCACUGGGCGCUACGGGAUUAGCACAAUGCGCCGAGCUUUGCUGGCAACUUCGAGGCGAGGCCGGCAAGAGGCAGGUGCAGGGCGCGAAAUUGGCGCUGCAACAUAACAUAGGUUUGGGUGGUGCGGUCGUCGUAGCUCUUUAUCGCUUAGGUUUUCCGAAACAAUCGGUGAUUAGGAAACACGUGAAUGUCGCUGCUGAUCCAAGCGUGUUCCAAGCAAAUGUGCUCUUCAAAACAUUGGCGAUCGCGAUGGAAGAGGACGAGGAUGGUCUAAUCGAUAAAGUGCGGGGUAUCUACGGAUUUAAAGUUACAAAUGGCCCAAAUGGCGCCGAAGGAUAUUGGAUCGUGGAUGCUAAAACAGGCAAAGGAAAAGUCGAGUAUAAUAGCAAAACCAAACCCGAUGUCACUUUUACGAUUAGCGACACCGACAUCGUCGAUUUUAUCUCUGGAAAAUUGAAUCCACAAAAGGCCUUCUUCCAAGGAAAAGUCAAAAUUCAAGGAAACAUGGGACUUGCUAUGAAAUUGCCUGAUCUGCAGAGACGUGCCGCUAAGAAAAUUGAAUUGCUUCGUUCAAGAUUGUAAGAUGUACGAAAUACGAAUUUGCUUUAUAAUAGGGCGCGUCGUAAUAAUCAUGAAGCACGAAGCAUAUCUCUUUCUCGCGCAUUUUAUCUUUCCUGAAUAAAUUUGGCUAGCAAAAUUGAUAGUUUUAUCGAGAGUUUUAUACUUACAAUAUGUAAUCAUAUGGAAUGUAAUUAUAUGACAGACCUAAAUUUUCGAUAAAGGUUUAGUCGGAAUAAACAGAUACAGACAAUCUAUUGUAGAUAAUGACAGAUACAGAAAGAAUUAUUUUUAUGAUAUAUUAAUAGUAAACUUAUAUUAACUUUCAUAUUACAUGCUCGUAUACAUGAUAUUUGCAUGUAAUAAUUUCAAUACAAUAUAUAUACAAAUAUACAAUAUCUGAAAUAUAAAUACUCAAGAUACAUAAGAAUAAACAGAAGUUCUCUCUUCAAUUCAAUUCAAUUCAAUUCAAUUCAACACAUUUGUAUCUUGUAAUAUAUUUUAAAAAUGUGUAUCUUAUGUACGUAUAAAAUCAAGAUAAUAAUAUAGUAUUUGUGCAAUUAAGCGAAUUAGUAAUAAACUUUCGAGAAUUUUCGCUCAAACAAUUAAUUUUUUGCAGAUACGAAGAUUGUAUAUAUGAAGAGAGAUAAAAAAAGUAACUUAUACACUUUGAAUUGAGAUCAAUUAGAUACAAAGACUUUAAAUCUAAGUAAUGAUUAGCCAAUAUAAGUGUAUAUGUGCUAUUGAUUGUAUAAAUUAUUUUUUAUACUUUUUUCAGCUCAAUUAUUUUCAAAUUAGCUGUAUUGUUGCGAAAAAUAUAAUUGCAUCAUCAUUCCUUAAGAUGCAGUUAUAUGCUUUAUAUCAAGAAUCAUUUCAUUUAUUUUUGUUAAAUAAAUAAUUAGAUAAAAUCAUAUAUUGAAAAUUUGUAGAGCUUUUUAUGGCAAGAUACACAUAUAUAUAUCUUUAAACUAAAUUUUAAAAUUAAAAAAAUAUAAUAUAACGUGAAAGUAAUAAAAUAGUAAUAAAAAAGAUAAUUAUUUUUAAUAAUUUGAUGUAUAUAAAUCAAAUAUAUUUUAUAAUUGAAUUGACGAUUUAUAUUAAAAUAAUUAUUUGUUAAAUUUGCAUUUUAUCUGAAAAUUUAACUUUUUAUUUAGCAUUCCAUAAUCAUUAAGAAUUUUUAUUUUUUAAUAUAACUAUAAAAGGACAUGAAAUAUUUUUAUACAUAUAAAAAUAAUACAUCUUUAUAUGGGAAAAGAAUAAAAAAAAAACAGAUGUAAGAUUAAUAUUGUAAGGAGAAAUUUAGUUUUACACCUCUUUUAUAUAUCUUUUGUAUAUAAAUAUAUAUAUGAAAAUCGAGCGCGGAUAAAAACAUCUUUUAUUAAAGUCCCAGUUAUUCUCUGGAAGAAAUUAAAUUUCAAUAAUAUACAAUAAAUUCUUAUUGUAUUAAAAUGGAGAUUAAAGUUAGGAAUAAAUGACAUAAUAAUAAUACAUACGAAAUAUUAAGAUAUUUUACAUUCGAUACAUUAAUCACUUUUAUCAUAAGGUAUUAAGUUGAAGAAAUGUAAUGUAUACAAUGUUUAUACUUUUUCGUACAAUGUAACAGGUGAAAUGUUUCAAAAUAUUAAUAAAAGUUGACAAAAAUAAA